AGAGGUACUGACAUAAAUGCCCUCAAUGAAAUGCACUAUACACCUUUGCUUGUGGCAUGUGAAAUGGGGAAAUCAGAGUCAGCCAAAGUUCUUGUAGACAUGGGGGCCAGCUUGAAGGCCAAGACCCCAGACUCAAACAGUGCUUUGCACCUGGCAGUCCAAGCUGGAGCCUCUUCCAUCACAAAGAUGCUUCUAGGCAAAGGAAUGAAUGUUAACUUGGCAGGUCAAGGAAAUAAAACACCCCUCCAUGUUGCUGCGUUACACAAUAAGGGAACACUAGUUGGUCUAUUGAUUGAUGCAGGGGCUGACACUAAUGCAGUCACUAAAGAGCUACUCACUCCAUUGCACAUGGCAAGUCAUAAGGGCCAUGUUGACAUUGCCCAAAAGUUACUGCACUACAAGGCCAAUGUUAAUCUUAAGGACAAGUGGUCAAAGACACCUCUGCAUCUUUCUGCUGAAACAGGAAAUCCUGCUAUGGCGGAACUGCUUCUCAAUUCUGGCGCUGACCCCAAUGCAGUAGAUAAAGAGAAGAAGACCCCACUUCACCUUGCAGCCAUGGGAAACCAUCUUAACACAGUGAAAGCUUUGUUAGGUAAGAAUGGAAGAUUUGGUGCCAAGGACAUGGAUGGCUGUACACCAAUGCACUAUGCAGCCAUUAAUGGGAGUACAGAGAUAGUAAAAAUUCUUUUGGUGGCAGGGAAAAAUAAAAACAUUGAUGACAGAAACAUCUGGAGAAAGACCCCACUGCAUCUGGCAGCAGAACAUGGACACAGCAACUUAAUACUGCUCUUGCUGAGCAAUGGGUCUGCUAUUAAUGCUUUGGACAACAAUAAAGACACACCACUGCAUUGUGCUUGUAAAGCUGGUCAUUUUGACUGUGUAAGUAUACUGGUCCACCACUCUGUGGGGGAGAAAGCAAACCUACAGGCCACAAAUAGCCUGAAAAAGACCCCACUACAAGUAGCAGAAUCUAACUCAAUGGAAAACCAAGCUGAGAUUGUUACACUUUUGAAAAAGAAGAUGUUCUUGAUCAAAUAA